AUGGUCAACAUUACAGAAAAGAUCAAGGAGAUUGAGGAUGAGAUGAGGAAGACUCAAAAAUACCAUCUUGGUCUGCUAAAAGGAAAACUCGCACGCUUACGAGCUCAACUCUUGGAGCCAGGCCCAGGUGCCGGCGGCGGCGGUGGCUCGGGUUUCGACGUCAGCAAAAGUGGUGAUGCCAGAAUAUCCCUUGUGGGCUUCCCCUCUGUGGGCAAAUCAACUUUCCUAUCAAAGGUCACCAAAACGAAGUCCGAGGUCGCCUCUUAUGCCUUCACCACUCUUACAGCCAUCCCCGGUGUGCUUGAAUAUGGCGGUGCUGAAAUCCAGCUGCUCGAUCUGCCAGGAAUCAUCGAGGGUGCCUCCGAGGGCAAGGGGCGAGGUCGGCAGGUCAUCUCGGCGGCAAAGACAAGCGACUUGAUUCUGAUGGUCCUUGACGCUACGAAGAGAGCAGAGCAGAGAGCACUUCUAGAGGCGGAGUUGGAAGCCGUCGGCAUCAGGCUGAACCGAGAACCACCCAACAUCUACCUAAAAGCCAAGAAGGCAGGCGGCAUGAAAAUCACAUUCCAGACCCCGCCCAAGAAUCUCGACGAGAAGAUGCUCUACAACAUCCUCCGCGACUACAAGAUGCUCAACUGCGAGGUCCUCGUGCGCGACGAGAACGCGACCGUGGACGACUUCAUCGACGUCAUCAUGAAGGACCACCGCAAGUACAUCAAGUGCCUGUACGUGUACAACAAGAUCGACAGCGUGUCGCUCGACUUCCUGGACAAGCUGGCGCGCGAGCCGCACACCGUGGUCAUGAGCUGUGAGCUCGACCUCGGGAUCCAGGACGUCGUGGACCGGUGCUGGCAGGAGCUGCGCCUCAUCCGCAUCUACACCAAGCGGAAAGGCGUGGAGCCCAACUUUGACGAGGCGCUCAUCGUGCGGAGCAACAGCUCCAUCGAGGACGUGUGCGACUCGAUCCACCGGACGCUCAAGGACACGUUCAAGUAUGCGCUGGUCUGGGGGGCGAGCGCGAGGCACAUCCCCCAGAGAGUCGGGCUGAGCCACAUGGUCGCGGACGAGGACGUUAUUCACAUCGUCAGUGCAUGGCGAGCGUAG